ACAGUGUGACAUCAAUGUUAGAGGGAUCUGUCUUGGCUUGGUUUAAUUGGCGUUUGCGUGGCGGCUUAAUUGAUGGUUGGGAGGAUUUUGUUGAAAAGUUCAAGAUUUGAUUUGCUCCGUUACAUGCUUUGGAUUAUAUUUCUUUUGAGAAGACAACAGAAAAGGCUAGAGUCACAUUUGUCCACAUGAUGGAAGAUGUCACCACACUCCCAAACCCGACUAUGGAGGACAUAGACGAGUCAAAAGAAUCAAGUGUCAGGUCUCAUAACAAAGAGGGCGAUUAUAACAGGUCUGGCAUCAUUGGCGAUGAUGGUGGUGCUCUUGAUGAAGAUUAUGGGUAUGAAGUUCUAGCAAGUAUCGAGAAGGUGGCAGAUGCAGAUAAGAAGCAAGUGGACAACCUCAUUUCAUUUGAUGACACCAUUAAAUUGUUUGACCUUGUCGAUGUGGUCGAGACGGAGUACUUGGUUUCACCGAGAGCAACUGCAAAUUCUAUGUGCCGCGUCUCGUAUGACCAUCACUUUGCUGCAAAAGCUUGGAUUUUUGAAGAUUCAAAGCAUGGACUGCUCCUUUGGUUUAGCUUUAUCUCUCCAGUCCAGCACCACGAGUGGGAGCCUCCACCUUGAGGACAAGGGGGUUACUUUGACCGGGGAACCUUUCCUUUCCUGAUUUCACCGGUUUCUUCUCCUAAACCUAUUCGAUUUCCGCUUGGUGUGCCGCUGUCCAGAGACGCCGACCGCAGACGCUGAUCGGAGUCGCCGUCUAGAGACGCCGCUGGGUUGCCGCCGACGUCCUCUUCUUCUUCCUCGGUCGCGCGCAGCAGGCCGGCGAUACGAGGGAGGAGUUGCAGCGGCGAGUCUUUCCCAAUCCAAGGUUGAAUUCGUCAAAUUUCGAGGUAGGAACACAGAUUUGGAUGGAAACCCGGAGGGCAGUGAAGUGGAGGUGUGGCGUGGAUGGCUCUUGUUUACUUUAGUAAUUUAAACUACAUUAUUUUAUUUGAUUAUAUGGACGGUUGGAUGUUACUUUGGUUUUCUUAUGCUUCCGCGACGUUUGGAUUUUAUUUAAUUAUUUUGAUGAAUUAGGGUCUAGUUAAAACUAUACGGACGAAUUUUAUAAAUGAUUUAAUUCUUAUUUUAGAAAAGAAAAUUUAUGCAUGCGAAUAUCAACUUAGUGACAACCCGGUUCGCUAACCCGUUAGUUCGGGUUACGCGGGUUGGGGUGUUACAAGGAGCUUCCACUAUCCAAGGAAAUGGUUAGCCAAACCCUUAUUGUAGAGGGAGAUAAGGGUUAGACUACUUAGUUAUCAGUGGCAAGGAGAUCAGAAUAGAAGACAUCACCUAGCCAUCCAACACAAAUCUGACGAGGAGUUGACAUUGGGAGAUUGGAUAUGGCCUGAGCAAAUAGUUUACAACAAGGCAUUGUU